CUUGGGAGUUUGGAAGGGACGCCUCUGGCUGACAUAGGGAAAUGGGAUGAGAAGGAAUGGAACACAGAAGGGAGAGCUCCUCAGGGAGCUGCCCCGGAAUUUGGGGCGGGGUUGCAUCUGGGAGGGACCAUGGGGAGGGAGGCGGUGCGAAGUGGGAGGGACGUCCAGGUGGCCCAUUGAACUACCCUUUUGCCAUGGAGCGGAAGAGAAAAGUCCAGGACAAAGCCCUCUGGGAGACUGGGUCCCAGAGGAGAAGCUCCGUGUGGGACACCCAACACUGAGGUCAAGAACACUGCCCCACCUCGGGCAUAAAUUGAAGCUGGAGACCAGGAUUCAAGGAUCAUUAGAGAUGUCCGACUCCCUGGUGGUGUGUGACGUGGACCCGGAGCUAAAGGAAACACUGAGGAAAUUCCGUUUCCGAAAAGAGACCAACAAUGCCGCCAUCAUAAUGAAAGUGGACAAAGACCGGCAGAUGGUGGUGCUAGAAGACGAAUUCCAGAAUGUUUCCCCAGAGGAACUUAAGUUGGAGUUGCCAGAGAGACAGCCCAGGUUCGUGGUCUAUAGCUAUAAGUACGUGCAUGACGACGGCAGGGUGUCCUACCCUUUGUGUUUCAUCUUCUCCAGCCCCGUGGGCUGCAAGCCUGAACAACAGAUGAUGUACGCGGGAAGUAAAAACAGGCUGGUGCAGAUCGCGGAGCUUACAAAGGUCCUGAGGGCCCCCAUAGCACUGGAGGGGCUGAGGGAGCGAGCCAGGGGCUGGGCCCUUGGAGUCGGGGGGCUGGGAGGUGGUGGGGCUAAGUUCUAGACCCCAGAGAAAAAGGCUGGUCCCGAAUCCUUAGGUCUGAGAGGAGAGGAAUGGGCCUGGACUCCAGGGUCUGAGAAAGGAGGGAUGUGGAGGCCCGGAUUUCUGAAUUUGAAGCAGGAAGGCUUUUUGAAAAACAGAGGAGGACAACUCCUGGAUUUCUAGUAGAGACUGGGGCGCGGAUUCCUGGGUUUGAAGGAGGAUGGCUGGAAUCUGGACUCCUGAGUCCUGGGGGGGGGGGGGGUUAGGAAUCCUCUCUGGAUCAUAAUGCUAGAUUGCUCUUUAUCUAGGUGUUUGAAAUCCGCACCACAGACGACCUCACCGAGACCUGGCUUAAGGAAAAGUUAGCUUUCUUUCGUUGACGUUUGAGCCAGGGAUUUGGAAUCUUUACUUCGGAAGACUCAGACUGAUAGGAUAUGAACAUCCAAGAGCUAAAUAAAGAUUAAAAUUUCAGGAAUGUUAA